GCAUUAUAUAAUUAAAAUAUUGCGUUUUUUUCAACCCUUGUGAAGCGAUACUAAUGGAAGUUAAAGCUCAGGCAAAAGUAGCAGUUGGGAUUAAGAGGUUGUGGAAUGCUUUGACCAAAGGUUUGAGAUCUGUGGUUCCAAAAGCUGCGCCAAAUUUAGUGAGCCAUGUGGAAGUGAUAGAAGGAGAUGGUGGUCUUGGUACUGUCUUUCUCUUCAAUUUUUGCUCUGGGGUAUCAACAAUGAGAUAUCAGAAGGAAAAGAUUGUGGAGCUUGAUGAGUCUCAGCAUCAAAUUACACUGGAAGUCUUAGAAGGAGGUCAUUUGAAUAUUGGGUUUUCUUCAUACAAAACAACAUUUCAGCUUAUUGCAGAUGAGGAGGAGAAGACUCAAAUCAAUAUCAAGGUCUCAUAUGAGUCUGAAAUGGAAGAAAAUACCAGCCCAUCAAAGACAACAGCAUCUGCUCUAGCUUUCAUUAGCUUCCUGGAAAGUUAUUUGCUUAGUGGCGCUGCUUAAUUAGUAUUUUAGACUUUUUUGUUUGUUGUGUUGGGCUUUCAUACGUGGUUAAUAAUGGAUGUCCGAGUGUGCGUGAGAAGGGGGAGUGGUUGAAAUCCUAUUUAUUGUAUCAAAAAAACAAUAUUAAUGGGAAUUGUAAUGGAAAAUUGUUAUUAGAAAAAAUAGCCGAGUAAUAUAAUGGGAAUUGUAAUGGAAAAUUGUUAUUUAUUGUAUCAAAAACCGAAGCACAACUUUGUGGUCAUUAGU